CCGGACUUGUUUAUUGUCCAGAAACUACUAACUAAGCCCAAAAUUCCGUCGCUCAAAAAACGUUAGUCGCCGUCAAAAAACGCUAAUUUACUGCUAAACUAACAAUUAGUCGGUUUCACCGGAGGGCUUUUCGUGGAAAACACAGUUCGCGCAGCGGCGGGCGCGUGGAAAGCGGACGGGGAAAACGUUUUUUCGUACGCAGCAGUGGAAGUGAGCGCGCGUGUGUGUGUACGUGCCACAGAAAGUUGCAAGCGAAAGGCUCUAAAUAGUGCACGUUAAAUUGUUGUUAAUACUUCAUGUGCUCGCUUUAUGCAAUAACAAAUCCCCACAAGUGUCCAUGCGAAGGCGGAAAAAUGUGAAAAAGCCAAUGGGAAUUUCUCAAUGUUGUCAAUAUUCAGCGAGAGCGACGUACGAAAAGUCAAAAGCAAAGGAGAGGAGAAUGGAAUAACACAAGAAAAGAGCUGGGCCACGGGGAAGCAAGAAGAAACGCGAAGCACGGGCUAAAGAAAAAUCGAAAUAAUAAAAAACACGCACACAAGCGCCUGGCCGUGUGUGUGUGCAUGUGUGAGCGAGUGAGAAUCUGUGCGCGCGUGUUUGUGUGUGUGAGAGAGUGAAACGUAUAAAUAAAAUUCAGCCAAAUGCAGAAACCAACAACAAAAUGGAUAACAAAACUACACAGUUGGAUUUUAAAUUACUGGUUGAUCAGUCACUAAAUCUACUGGACAGCCUCAACACGGCAUUGCGGUGCGAUGCUAUUCAAUUCUUGCUGCAGACUCUCAAGUGCAAAUAUCCGGAGGCCUGCGACCAAGUCGUCAGGAAUCUGUUCAGUCACAUAGCCGCAGCCAAUGACAGCGGCGGAGGUGGCGGCGGGGCUCAGCAGCAGGAGCUAGCGAGGACGAAGCAGCUGCAGCUGCUGCUGACCGCCAAGAAGGAGAAGACGGAACCGGGAACGGGAGGGGAGGCGAAGAUCAAGCGCGAGAACGACGACGAUGAGGCUGGAUCGACGGAUCUGAACCAGAACUUUGAGAAGAUCCUCUGCAAGGAGGAGUUCCUGUGCCUCGAGGAGGAGGAAGAGGAUUUCCUUGACGAUGCUGACACCCAAAACUCGUCUUCCCUGCAAUUCAAUGCUGGUAACAAUGUGGACGCCCUGGCCCUAGGCCCCGGCGACCCGCUGGACCUGAUCCACACGGGGAAUUCCCUGUUGGUCAAGCGGAAGUAUGCUGCUACCUUCGAGGACGAGAACCAGCUGGCCGAGGAUGCUAACAGCAAUAGUAGCGACGGCAAGCUGGUUAAGAGGAAGCGCACCAACAACAUGCACCUGACCGUGACGAGUGUGCGGCGGAAAGAGGCACGCUCCCGGCUGGGAGAGGGGUACAUCUUCCACGAGGACAGCCAGUACACGAUGCGCUAUCACCACAGCACCGGCGAGUUCAGUGAGCGGGCCUUCAAGGCCCAGUUCCGAGCUUUGCUGCGCAUGGCGCUCAGCCAGCACCACAAGCCGUUCCUGCGGCAGUUCUACGAGAACUUUGUGGUAAACGGGCGCCUGUUGGGUACCACGCCCUCGGCGAGAGUGCUCAAGGAGCUGCGCGAGCAGCGGCUAGAGGAAUGGCGUCGUCAUCGGGAGCGCCGUCAGCUGGUCAGCAUGAUGAAGCAGAGUGAGCAGAAGUUAGAGGAGAUCCAGCAGGAGCAGCAGCGGGAGGAAGUUCAGCACCAUCAGCUGGAAGAGAUGCAGCAGCAGCAGCUGGAAGAGAUUCAACGGCAGCAUCAGUUGCCGGCCAUCUCGUUUGGCGACUCCGAGCUGGAGUCGGAAACGGAAUCGCAGCUGUCGUCGGCUGCUCAAGAGAUUAUGAAGUUUGAGGAGUUCAUUGACGAGGGUGUAGGCGCGGGACGUCUGAUUGAUGGUCUGGAAAUGGAGCUUGAGACCGAUGACAUGUUAGCUGGCGCCGGCAGUGUCCUGGACAGCGUGAACAGCGCUAGCGGGCACAGCAGCAACAGCAGCAGCAGCGGGAGUGGGAGCGGCGCUAAUGGGAAUGGCAUCAGCAGCGGGGUGAUCCUGGAGAACAAUAGUCAUCAUUCGCAUCACCUAAGUAGCAGCAGCAGCGCAAAUAUUGUGAUCAACGGCCUUACGUCAAGCAAUAGUAUCAGCAACAACAAUAAUAAUAAUAAUAACAACAAUAAUGGCAGCAUGCAUUGUCCGCAAUUAACGCUGCAGACGCAGGAUCAGGCGGGAGCGUCUUUGAAGCCGUCGCACCACUUGCCCAUGCCCAUGUCAUUGGAACACAGGGAUGCGAAGGGCAGCCAGGUCCUUGGCAAUGCCAAUGUGAUCAUGCCAAGCGGCAGCUCCGGUCACGCCAGCGAGAUUCAGCUGCACCAGCAGCAAAACCACUACAACUCAAGCAAUAAUCCCCUAAGCAUGAUGGGUGGAAUGAUGCACCAACAGCAGCAGCAGCAUGUGAGCAUGCAACACCAACAACAGCAUCAGCAGCAUCAGAUGAUGCCGGGGCAGGGGUUUCCCCAGCAUGGAACUUCCAUGAUGGUCAACCGUCAAAUGCCCGCUCUGGCUGCUUUGUCGAAUCUGGGCGACACUCCUCCUAUCGGCAGCCAGUUAAACUCCUCCCUGGAGCUGGACGACAACGACCUGUCGGGCGACGAGGAUGACGACGACCUGGAGCAUGAUCUGGACGAGCUGGAAGCGGCCAAGCAGCAGCUGAUUGAUGGCGGCAGCAGCAGUAGCACCUCCUUGCAGGCGCCGCCAUCGCAACACGGCAGCGGCAGUGGGGGCAGCGGAGGCCAGACGCCCGGCAGCAAGAAGAACAAGCCCAGCUACAAUUGCCUGCUGUGUCCCAAGUCGUAUCGCAAGAGGAAAUCCCUGCUUGACCACUACAAGAUGCAUCCUGGUUUCUGUCACGAUUGCGGACAGCCCAACGGAAAUACGUUAGAGGAAGUAAUCCUCCACAACAGGACGAUGCAUGUAAAGGAGUUUCCUUUCGUGUGCGAGACUUGCGGAGAGUCGUACUCGCGAAAGCAGCAGUUCCACGCCCACGUGGAGUCGCACAACAAGAAGGAAAUCAAAACAUUUCCCUGCGGAGAAUGCGGGUUGAAAUUUCCGCAGAAGAAGCUACAGCAGCACUUCGAGGAGACGGGCCACAAGGCCGACGGGGCCAUUUGCGAAGUGUGCGGCGAGGAGUUCCAGUCGAAGAACGCCCUAUACCAGCACAUCAUUCGCGUUCACAAGCGCGACAACUUUUUCGAGUGCCACAUUUGCCAUAACCGCUUCACGCUAAAGGCGAACCUGGAGCGUCACGUGCAGCUGCACACCGAGGUUAAACGGCCCUACGUGUGCGACCUGUGCGGCUCGUCCUACUACACAUAUCCCGCGCUCAAGGAGCACUAUAGCAAUGCCCAUGUCGAUGUCUCCGAGUGCAAGUGUACGCUGUGCGGCAAGCGCUUCGGAUCGGCCAAGUCGCUCCAAAGGCACCUGCCAUCGCACUCGGAGGAGCGUCCGCACUGUUGCAACUAUUGCGAUCAGACCUUCAAGUGGAAAACGCAUCUGGUGCGCCACAAGCAGACGACGCACGGAAACGAGCCGCCGCCUCCGAAGAAGGGAAAGCAGCGCUUCCCCAAGGCAAACGAAGAAGCAGAAAUGGCUUCCCUGCCGGAUAUGCCUGGACCGCCGCCUGUAAAGGCCAGCAAAAAGGCGGUGACGAGUAAGGCGAAAGCGCAAGCGGCAGUCGCCGCGGGAGGAACCUCCCAGUUGCAGCAUCAGCAGAAGGGCGUUGCAGCCACGCCGACGCCACCGCCGCCGGUGUCCACGACACCGGGAUGCAUGCAACAAGAUCAGUUUAAUGCGGCCAUGGUCAGCAGCAAUAGCUCGCAGUCCUCCACGGCGUCCACAUCGCAGCACUCGGUGUCGACGAGUGAAUCUCAGCAGAAUUCCAUAUACAAUCAGAGCUUUAAUGCGGAGAAACUGCAGGCGGGACAACAGCAGCAGCAGCAACAACAACAGCAGCAGAGUGCCUUGCACCAGCAACAUCCAACGCCGCCGCCGCAAUCACAACAACAGCAGCAGCAGCAGCAACAUCCAACGCCACCGCAGCCGCGAGUGGCAUCCGCAGAAUUGCAUCUGCAGCGCAUGAACAGCUUUGGGCAGGAUGGGCAAUUUCACUUCGAGGCUAGUCCAGCAGCUGGUGGCUAUCAGCAGCAUCAGCUGAUCAGCCAGUAUCAGCAGCAACAGCAGCAGCCUCAAACUCAGCAGCAGCAGCAGCAACAUCAUCUCGCCCAGCAGCAGCAACAACACCUGAGGAGCCACACCCCACAGAGCCCCCAUCCGCCGCACCCCUCGCAGCUGCAACAGCAGCAGGCACAACCGCACUUCAGCUCCCCCCACCAUAUGCCGCCUAUGCACCACCAGCACCAGCUAAUGAUGCAGCAGCAGCACCGCCACAACCAGCGGUCGCCGCUGCACCAUCACCCGGCGGCCCAACAAUUGCAGCAGCAGCAUCAACAACCGUCGCAUUCCCCCCAGCAUGCGAGACUUCAGUCGCCACAACCUGCUCCAGUACAACAACAGCAACAGCAAUUCCUGCAGCAACAGGCCUCUGACUCCUGGGGCAACAUGAACUUUGGCAAUCCACCAAACAACCAGCAAGUGGAGCUCAAGGAUAACAAAUUCUAUAUCGUAGACUCGGCAGAGUUCCUAGGGCUUCCAAUGAAUGUGCCGCCAGCGCAGCAGCAGCAACAGCAGGCUGUAAGCAAACCGCAGCAACAACAGCCGCAACAGCCACAGCAGCAACAGCAAGAUCCAGCCCUCGCUGGAGACCUGAUGAGCUUCCAGCAUAUGUGGCCGGCGCCUGGGUUUAGCCAAAAUCCUCAGCAGCAACAGAACCCACAGCAGCAGCAACAAGCAGCGCAGCAACAACAACAACAACAGCAGCAGCAGCAACAGCCCCAGGGUCCUGCAAAUCCUAGUGAUCCACACAACUACAACAAUAUCGGCAGCAUACUCACGAAUCUCAUUGACACAAAUCCCGCGCCAAUGGAGUACAACUUUGACCUGAUGCAGCAGCAGCAAGCGCCGACACCCCAACAGCAGCAGCAGCAGCAGCAACAGCAGGCGGCGCAGCAGCAACAUCACGCUGCCGGGAGCUAUACGAGUGGCUUAAUGCGCAGUGGAAGCAACGUUUACGGAGGUGCUUACGAGCAGCAUCUCAGUGACCAGCUUGUUAGCGAGCAACAGAAGCAGCAGAACAGCUUUCAGCCUUACCACCCACAUGGCCUGCAGGCGCAGCAGCAGUCGCCAUUGCAUCCGCAUCUGCUGCCACCGCCAGCGCCGCACGGAAGCGUCUAUGACCGCACGGGAGUUGGCGUCGGAGUUGGAGUCGGAGUAGGCUAUUCCAUGCUGGGAGAUGAGUCUAAGGCGGUGCUGCCGCCGAUGAUGGGCGGCAUGAUGCAGCAAUUGCCACCGCAUGGCCAGCAACCGGACUUAAUAUACUACCCAGUGAAGAAUGAUUGACAGUCGAAGCACCAUCAACAGCAAGCUCAGCAGCCGAAUCACCAUCACCACCACCGCUGGUGGACAGAGCCAGCCAAGAGAGGCGAUGUUUUUCAUUGAAGAAACAGACAGAAACAGGAAACGGAAAGCGGAACAAGUUCGUUUAGAUUGUAAGUGUAGGGGAAAUAGUGUGGAGUAUGCGGGGACUCGAGGAGUUGUAUGUAGAUAGGGCAAUCCACACACAUGUUUUUUUGAAAUUAAGAGCAAUAACAUAAAGAUUAGAGCGGCAGAAGAGCUCAGAAUUUUAAAUCCGACCGGCGCUAUGAUACGUGUAUAAAAUGUAAUCAUUUACAGAGAAUACAUCAAAUAAAUAGAAGCAUGUAUACAUAACUAAAGGCAGACAUAUACAUAGUAGCAUCUAAGCAAGGCAAAGUAAAACCUAAAUUAAACAUACAAAUAGUAAACGUAUAUAUAUAUAUUUGAAUAUAUAUAUAAAUUAUAUGAAACAUAUAAAUUAACCUUAAGAAACUACUAACAAUAACGCAGACCACAAGCAACUUUCGAACAAAUUUUAUGCUUAUUUAACAUUUUACCAUACGAGUUAUAUGCACACAAAUACGUACGUGUUGAUGUAUAAUCAAAACAAUCCAACAUUAUAUUCAUACAUAUGAUAUCUACGGAGACCACGACCGCGAGAGACCCUUAUAUAUUGUAGAUGAUUGAUUGAGUUGAGCGUGGAUCCCCGGUCAGGCAUCACAAACAAUAACAUUAACAAUACAAAAGUACACGACGCUUCGAGCCCGGGCCCAGCGCCACACAAAGUUGUAACCAUAUCAUGAGGCCCCUCCCCUUCCCCCUAUAAUUAAUUGUAUUCUCGAUAGUGCUUGUUAUUUUCUAUUUAGUUAACGAAUUGAUUAUGCUACGGAGCCUUUCUGCUGAGCCACACUUUUGUUAGAUUAGUGCCUAAGUCUAGUUGAUAUCCCCAUGUAUACCCCCGACAUCUUGUGGCUUUUUACACCCAAACCUUGUACAUCUUUAAAGCAUUUCCGAUUAUUUUUUUCUCCCGAGCUCCCACAAUUCUACUUGCGAUUAUUUACACUUUUUAACGAAUUUCCUUAAAAUUCAAGACGGGCCCCAAACAAAACAUUUAAGUUAAUCACAGAGUUGUUCUUGUUUUACCAAUUAUUCAAAUUCAACUUAAGAAUUGUAUAUUUAAGUGAAAGUUUAAAACGUUAAAUGUGUAAGGAUACUUUUAUGGACAACAAAAAAUAAAACAAAACAAAAAAAAAUGAAACCAACAACAAACUUCACUAAAUUAGGUUUGUAUUCUGGAUACAAAAAAUAAAAAACAAAAAUAAGCAAAACGGACAUUAAAAAGAGCAAACACAAUAUAAAA